AAAAAAAGUGAAGAAUCGAUCGAGUUGUUGUCUCUCAUUGUCAUUGCUCAUUGGAAAAAAAAAAUCCACAUGCCAUUAUGGGUUUCUAAAAUAUACUUAUACUGCCGUUAAUAAGAUCAAAUAGCAUUAGCUUAACUGUUCGAAACCCGGACGACUUGUUUAGUCAUCGAAGGUAUUAAUCUAGCAUUGAGGCUCACAAGAUUACAUUUUGGUAUCCUAGUUGACCUUGAGUCUGCCUUGUUACCGUCACCGUAACAAGAUUUUUAAUCCUGCAAUUUCCAAUUGACAAGCAACGAGUAACGUACUCAAAUUUAUCGAAUGGUUAAGAGAUUAGAAGGUGAAAAUCUCUUUAGAAUUGGGUCAUCUUAUACCGUAAAACUGUAAGCCACCGCGUCGAGGUUUUACCUAUAAAACUUCGACCAAAGCGACUUACAGUUCGCAGUUUGACUUAGACUCUCCAACAAACACCAUCAAGAAAGUCGUUCGUCUACCAAAGAUGAAGAUUUAUAUCAUUGGUGCUAUCUUGUGUCAAUGGCUGUCUUUCUCCGCUGGAUUAGUUGGCACGGAAGCCGGUAAAGUUGUUGAAACUUAUGGCGUACAGGAUGCCAUUGACAGGCCGACAAAUUUCGCACGUCUCCGAAGCCAAUGGAUGUUGGGUGAAUACCAACGACAUCCAUGGUGGAGACACCGCCAAUGGCGAGGAAAAAAGAACAGCAGGAGAACAAAUAUCGUGAGUACCGAUUAUCUUGACGUGGAUGAUGGACGAUUCCAACGACUAGGUGAAUUCAUCCAUAGGCCGUACUAUCUAGAUGAAGAGGCUACCCAUCCGAAUCCCAAAAGUAUACGGAUUCGCAUUAGUUUAAGGCAACGAAGUCCAGUUAAGCGGCACACAAAACACUCCAAGAAACGAUCAAAGAAACGCUCGAAGAAACGCUCGAAGAAGCGAUCAAAGAAAUUGUCUAAAAAACUUUCAGAAAAAUUGGCGCAACAGGAGGCCAUGGCGUUAGUUUUAAGAGAUUUUCUACGUGAUGACAAACACGAUGCUUCUUUGAAAAAGGCCAUGCGUAAGGCUAUGAAGAACUACCAUCGAGCUAGUCGGUUUUCACUUCAUGGUAAAAGGCGUCGUGGCUUCAAUGUCAAAGUUUUGAAAAAGCAUUAG